AUGUCUAGCAACAAUAACUGCUGCAGCAACGCCUCCUUGCGGAGCACUUCGAAGCCUAGUUCAUGGGUUACGGAAGUUCAAGAUCUGCGGAAGACCCUUCCUCUUUUUGCAGUCAUGUACACCGUGUACCUUGUGGGACAGAUUCUGCUUGGUUGGGUGCGCCACAAGCAGAAGCUCAAACAGAUACACGCAGAGAAGGAUGCCAACUGCAUAGAGGCCGAAAGUCGAAACCUGGAGCUUGAGCUACGGACUCAGCUUGCCGAAGCUACAGCUAGGGAGGCAAACUCGCAUGCAGAGCAAUUUGCUCAGCAAGCUAGAGAUGCUAAUGAACAAGCUGAAGAAUUUCGGCGGCGAGCUGUCCUGGCCGAGGAACAGGUGAGAAACUUCGGACUUUUGCAGGAACAGCUGGCUUCGGCUCGGCCUGUUCCUAAUAGAAUGGCCUAA